AUGGGCUUUGUGAUUGUGUAUGAGGAGGUCACACGCGUCUUCGAGAGCAGCAAGGAGCCUGAUGACAUCAUUGCCAAUGCCUCAUACAUCAAGCGCAUCCGCUUGGUGGGUGUGUCAGACUCAGCACCCUCUUGGCCGGCAUGCAAGCACCGCCGAGCUUUGGGGGACAAUGCGAAUAAUGGGGUAUGA